CGGGAAGGCUGAGCAGGCUCUUUGGAGACGCUCGGGGCUCCGGAGCGCGUGGGUGGCAAAGGCUUGCAAGCUUCUGAGGAGCAUUCGGGUGAGCGGGCAUCCUGACGUGGAAGCCGCCGGGAGAGCGGGCUCAGGUACGUGUGCCGCGGGCGCCCGGGGCAGGCAGGACGCGGAGGAGGCGCCCGCCAUGCCCGGCCUGCCGCUCCUCGCCUCGGCUUCCCGCCAGCCGCCCCCGCGGAACGGCCUGCCGCGGCCCCUGUGAGGAGGAAGAGGCGGCGGCGGCGGCGGAGGAGGCGCCGCCCCCUUGGCGAGCUCCCCGACCCGGCGGCCUCGGCAGGACCCAUGGCGGAUUCCUCGCCCGCACAGUCCCUGCGGGAAGGCGGCCCCUGCGCGCCGCGGCCCUCGGCCCCCUCCCCGCCGCCGCGCCCGCGCUCCGGCUCCGAGUCCGAGGAGGCCGAGCUGUCGCUGAGCCUGGCCCGCACCAAGACCCGCUCGUACGGCAGCACGGCCAGCGUGCGGGCGCCGCUGGGCGCCGGCGUCAUCGAGCGCCAUGUGGAGCACCGGGUCCGCGCGGGCGACACGCUGCAGGGCAUCGCGCUCAAGUACGGUGUCACGAUGGAACAGAUUAAAAGGGCCAAUAAACUGUUUACCAAUGACUGUAUAUUUCUGAAGAAGACUUUGAACAUCCCAGUUAUAUCAGAGAAGCCUUUGUUGUUUAACGGGCUUAACUCCAUUGAUUCUCCAGAAAAUGAAACUGUUGAUAACAGUUUUUCUCAGGAAGAGGAGCCAGUGGUGGCUGGGGAAGACCUUUCGCCUACCAGUCCUCAAGAAUCUGAUGUUCAGCCUGUGCAGCCUGAGGAAGUAUCAGCCAGAGAUUUCCUGCAGAGACUUGACUUGCAGAUUAAGUUAUCCACACAGGCAGCCAAGAAGCUAAAAGAAGAGAGCAGAGAUGAAGAAAGUCCCUAUGCAACUUCCCUCUAUCACAGUUAGGUGAUUUGGGGACAUAACUGAAACCAAAAUUAAGAUAUGUUUGGACCAUAAAGAAUCCAACAAAUGAAGAUUCAAAAACAUCCCUUCUGGAUUCUCAUAGUGUUCAUCUUAAAAUCGUAACUAGGUAGUUCUACCUGCUGCAAUUGCACUGAAGUGAUUAGUUCCCUCUGGCUUUCUAUAAUUGUAAGUCUUUGUUAUGGCAUGAUGGCAAGGUUGUAUCCUAAAGCUCAUCACUUUUGUAGGUGGUGUUAGUUUUUAGACUAGCUUUUAUAAAUACUAAUUGACAUAAAGCAUCAGAGACCUAUUUAUAUAUUUAGGCUAAAAAUAAUGUCUCCUUAUGCAAUCCUGAUUAUGUGAAACUAUGGUUGCUGUUUAAGUGAUGCUGAAUUAGCUGUGUGUUUAUAACUUAAGUGCUAUAAAUAUACACAUAUAUAUUUCAAUAUGUCUUACAUAUUCUGUAUUAAUAUAAAGAACCAAAUUUUGUCUGCUAUUUUGUAAAAAUAAACCACAAAAGUCUGAAUGAGAAAAUAAACUAUGUUUUCAAACUUGAA